AUGUCAACAGGUGGAUUACCGGAAGAAACUCUAAAGAAAGUGCAAUAUCGGGAAUAUUGGGAGGAACCACAUUCCAAGUGGGGAAAUACAGAUACGUGGGAUCACUAUUUCAUCGAAAAGAUACCAGAUGCAACGAAGCACAAGUCACAUAAUGCUCUAGGCGCUGAAUUAAAAGUUUUGAUUCAGAACUUAAGACCAGAAACAAGAGCAGGCAGAAAGGCAUUAGCGAUGCAACGUGAUUUGAGGAGCGCUCAGUCUUAUGUACACCAUGACAUGCAUACUUUGCUGUGUGCUACGCCCUACGCUGCUGGCUUAUGGAAGAAGAGUGUCUGGUCUUUACAUCACUGCAGCGUGCAUAUUUUGCUUUUUCAUGGGAGUCGUACCCUGCGACCGCUGGUCGAGUUGAGAAAAAUGGGAAACACCUUGAAGAUCCACCUGCUUACGAUACACAUCGAAGACGAGGUGUCUAAUUCACAAACACAUCCAACCGUUGAGGAACUAAUAUUUGAUACACAUAUUGCCACAUUACUCCUACAAUAUAGAAGAGUUCUUGAAGAAAUGAGGAAUCAUUACGUAGAACAAGAAUCACAACGAGGCCGACACUUAUCUAAUAUGCUUAAGUGGUCUGUUGUGGACCAUUCUCUGUUUAAUGGAUUCAAGUUUGUUGUCAGCUUACUAAGACCAGCUAUUAACAUGUCAUUAUUGGAACCUAUCCUUAUGGAGAGCCGGAAUAAACCAAUUCAUCACGUAGUUACGAUUUUACGCAAUUUGAUUACUAAAGAAAUUGUAGAUGAUAUAAGCCCUGGCUUUAAAAGAUGGCUAGAAAGAUUAUGGAAAGUUCGUAUAAAGGAAUACUACAUAAUUGAUACAAUAACGGCAUUAACCGCUAUCACUUCAGUUAUUUUUUACUCACCUACACCCUGCCGAGGUCCAGGGAGUAAACCAUCAGAAAACCAUAUAAAAUCACAAAUGUGGGCCAAAAUCUUUUCGGAUACAUUUCUCAUUGAUUCAGACGAUAUUGAUGUGAAUUGGGAAUAUCAUCACCAAAUCCCGGGUAACGGUGGAAGCGGAUCUGCUAGAUCUGAUAUUGCUGCUGUUGUUUUCAAUGACACCGAUCAACAGUUUCCCUUUUUUAUAGCUGAAUUUGAGACUGACGGAUUUUCAGUACAUAAGGUUGAAAUGGUCGUGGCGGCAGAAGCUGCAUUCGAAUAUAAUCGUAUUCUUACAGCUGCCUACUAUUUAUCGGAAGAUGAAGUAAAUUCAUCUCGCCUGCAUAUUGGCCUUAUAAAUGGGACAACCAUUCAUCUGGGUUCGAUGAAGCCGAUCUAUGACGAAGAAAAAAAAUCUUUGAUUUAUGCCUACGAAAUAAACAAUGUCACUUUCAAACUCUACACUGGUAAUCAAGAGGCCGAUAUUGCAAGUGCACUGAAGUUAGUGGCAUACUUGAGAACAAAUGUAUGUCAGGAUGGAAUAUCACUUAAAGCAUUACUUAACAGGAAAAAAAAUAUGCGCAAUGGAACUUUAUUAGCAGCUUUGCCCCGUCUUCCGAAGAGAGCCGUCAAGUCACGUCCAAAAAGUGAUACAGAAUUCACUCCUCAGGCGAGAAGAAUUAUAUAUAUCGAUGUUGGACGUGCUAGAGUUUUCUGUGUCUUGAAUGUUAAUAUUGGAUACCUUCAAAUUUUUGUUUAUGAUCAAAAAUCUUACUAUCAAGAUUCUCGAGAAAAUAUCGAGAAAAAACGGGAAGUCGCGGUCAAACAAUUACAGGCACAGGCUGUAGUCAUCUCUUCUGAAGAAUAUGUUGAACGUUCGAAGGGAGCUCGUUCCAUUAUUGCGCGUGAUUUCUUGCCACAAAAUUCUAAAAAAAGAAAUCAGGAAGAUGAAGAUGAUCCUGAAAAAAAAAAUGCAGUCAAAAAAUGUAAAGACACUACACCAGCAUCACAAACUCCAGAAAACCAGGUGGUAGCUGAUGAACCAGGAAACCAGGUGGUAGCUGAUGAACCAGAAAACCAGGUGGUAGCUGAUGAACCAGAAAGCCAGGUGGUAGCUGAUGAACCAGAUUUAGAUUAUCUGAGCGAGCAAACAAAUGGCGAAUUAAAUUCCAGGACACCAUCUAUCUAUGAAGACGAAGAUGAGGAAAAUUCUUUAGAUGGCAGUUCUGAUGAAGAAGAUAUAGUUGAACUUGCAGACAUAUCAUUUAAUUCUUUUGUUG